AAAUGGCGCCUUUAGGAAAUGUGAGUCAGAUACAGGAGGGAAGUGGGGAAACAUUGUUGACAACUCCAGUGAAAACAAAGCAGAAUGAGAGGUGGACUUUUCAUUAAUUUACACGUCCGUCUUCUAAUGUAGCUAGUGCGAAAUUUACCGAAACUGUCCAGGAGAGGCAUAGACAGGUAAAUUAGGUAACGAGCUGGCUAUCAAGAUGCACAUAAACAGUGGCUGAAUGCAACUUGACUCCUUACUCCUACUUAUUAUGGUUUCGAUGCCGUUGUUGCUGGAGUGAUUGAUAAGUAAUUGCAUGGAGGGCUCAGUGCGGUUUGAGGAGCUGGUGAAGGUGAAAAGCAUGCAGCGUCCGACAACACCACAUGAAAGAGUUUCUGGAGUCACUGGCUAGUAAAGUGCCUGAGGCAUUGCAGGAGUUCAGGCAGCAGGAUGACAACAGCAGUACUUCUCAACAAGAGACGAAUCUCAUCUACGUGGACAGCAAAGAAGUGGCUGGCUCACUCCUCCAGCUUGCCUGUCCAGUAAGAGAGAACGAAAGAUGGGAAGAAUCAACGAACAAUGCCUUUAUUUUUUAUUUCACAUAUUAUCCAAGGGCUUGUGAAAAGACCACACUUCUAACAAUUUAUCAAUUGGUGUUGGGUGACAAAGAGAAUAUCUACAGUCUCUCUGUAAUGUUAAAGCUACAGUGUGUAGGAGUAUUUUGUUUUGAACAUGAUUGUUAAUCCAAAGUACAACAAAACAUUGUAUAAUCCAUUGCUCCUGAGCGGCUGUGACUUUCCCCUCUGACUUUCCUGCAAUAGUAAAUCACAAGUAGUGCUGUGUCAGAAAUGUCAGGUCCCGGUGCAGGCGUAUUGUCUGAGCAACAACAGCAAGUGCCCGGUGAUAACCCAGCCCCAAAUCCCAUCACAAAUUGUUACUGUUCAGCAUCAGGCCACAGAACAGCCCACCCGAGUGCAGGUAGAAUAACAUUUAGUGUCUUCUUGCAGCCUAUGCUAAACGCAUGUAGAUCUGAUGUCAGAUGUGCAUGCUUUUCUUUGUGUUUGUAAAAAAAAAAACGAGACUACAGGCCUUAAUAAAACUGAACAUCUGAUGGUUAGCGGGUAGUGUUGAUUCCUCACGGCGAAUGGACAGGUGGAAGUAGUGUAAACUUUAACCAGCAGCCUCUUCCCCACACAGUUAUUGAAUGGGAGUAUUCACAUUCCAAUCACAGUCACCGGCGCAACAGGUGUGUGUCCGAUUGGCACACUGCACAUUUGCUACCGAGCAGAUUCCACAGGAUCAGCAGACACAGAGCGUGUCUGACAGCCCCACAUUGCCUGUUUCCUUAAAAUCAGAGAUGGAGUUUAUCAUGUGGCGACUAUGAGCAGAGAAGAAAAACUGUGAGAUGGAGAAAGAACAGAGAAACAGACUGGCUCCAGUUGGUAGACGGAAGCCGCUACAGUUUCAGGAGUACCUGUUAUGCACGUCCAUAGCAGAGCUGAGUUUAGGCUUAUCUCUGAUGAUACAGGAGGCUAAGGGCUUUGAGGGCAAAACCUUAGAAGCUGACAUGCUCUACUAUAUUUUCCUAUGUAUACAAAAGUAUAUAACACAGAUAACGAUAGAGUUGAUUAUAUAUUCAGUGAUCAUUAUUAUCAGCGGUUCCAACAAUCAUUACAUAAGCCAUGUGACCGAGGAAAUGUGGGAAUGCAAACACCUGGGAGCCCAUUCACCUUGCACACUCCUUAACACUUUAAUGUUUUUCAGCACAAAUUCACUUAGGUAUUUUAAUUUAAAAACAGUGGAUGAACACUUGAAGGUGGCUUUCACAAACGUCCUACGACACACAAAGAAGAAUCCGUUCAACCCCAAAGACAAGGUCACAAGCAUUCACUAUGUCAGAGGACUCCAGAUUGGUCAGAAAGUGAUGGAUGGCGUGCACGCUGAGCAGCCAGAGACGCCUUUACGCUGCCCUAUCAAACUUUGUCUUCUGUCUCUAAAAAUGGUCAGUACAUUCUUCUGGUUAGAAGAAUAAUGAAGUAGAAAUUCUUGUUUUUAAAGAUUCCCAUUACACUCAUUUAUUCACUGUUGACCAGUGAUUAUCCCACUGACCCAUAACAUUUCUUGUAAGAUUCAUUUUACAAUAUCCUUUCAUCUUGAUUAUUAGCAAUAUAAACAAUAUUUAUGGAAGGAUUUUUGUUUAUGAACCAUAAACAAUUAUUGAACAUGCAUCUGUGGAACAGUCCUUAAGACACUAACAAUUAAGGUCACAAUUAAGGUCACAGUUACAAUAACUUGGGACACUACAGAGACCUUUCUACUGACUCUGAAAAACACCAGGAGAAAGAUGCCUAGGGUUCCUGCUCACCUGUGUGAACAUAACACAGGCUUGCUACAGGGAGGCAUGAGGACUACAGAUGUGUUCAGAGCAAUAAACUGCAGUGUUUGUAAUGUAAGAUGCCUAAGACAGUGCUACAGGGAGACAGGAAGGAUCGUCCUUGCAGUGGAAAAUGACAUGUAACCAUGUGCCCCCCCAGACAUGAUGGAGAACUUGCAAAUGAUUUGGUGGAAAAGUGGAGUAACAUCUCACAGCAAGAACUGACAAAUGUGGUGCAGUCCAUGAGGAUGAGAUGCACGGUAGUGCUUAAAGCAGCUGGUGGCCACCAGAUACUGACUGUUACUUUUGAUAUUGACCCUAUAGUAUAUAUUCAAAACUUGAGCCAAGCACAUGAAAUUGUCUUUUUUGAGUGGUCCAUGUGGGAUAAGAUGCAUUUUUUUAAAAAUAUAUUUUUUUCUAUUUUUCUAGUCCUCAAAGUGAUAAAGGUCAGAAUGAUACCUUCUACUUGACCCUUGAACCAGUGGUUUCCUCUGGCAGCCCUAUUUGGUACUCGACACAGCCUGUUAUGCAUCAGCAGCUAGAAAUCAUGCUCUCACGCAUACUCAUUGUGCAUGAAAUACAGGAGAUUUCUCCAGCAAAGCCUAACCUCUGCACGAGGAGUGGUUUGUAUGUCUUCACAUCACUUAUAUAGUAGCAAGAAGGAGAAAGAACACACAAACACACACAUUCUCUUUUGCUCUGUCUUUCUCUCUCUUCUAUAACUGAUGCACUUAUACCUCUGCUCCUCUUAAAAUUGCCUCACUAUUUAAGUGCUCAAAUCACACUAAGAGAACAACAGCUGAGGGAUGUUAAUUUCAGCAUUCUACAACAUCACUUUCUUUAGUUAAAUGCUUUAAUCUGUGUCACUGUUAUUUGAUGCAGUGGUGCAAUGACUGAUUUUAUCGUCUCUCUUUUUCCAUGUUUGCUUUUAUUAUCAUGUCAUCAUUUUCUUCUACUGUCUCUUCUUACUGUUUACUGUGUUGCCUAAGGCUCAGAUGUAAGCUUCCUAUUCAGGUCCUGGUUAUGUAGUAUACACAAAUAGUCUUCAUGGCAGUAACACAGAAGCUCUGGUGGCCUUUUUUCCAUUUCCUAUAUUCAGUAAACUUGACCGAAUCCACUCAUACAGUAUUUGGUACUUUAUUUUUCAAAGAGUGCUGCAAAAGUGACCAUGACAUGUUAAGACAAAAUGUAAUAUACAUUAUAUAAAACUCAUAUGUAUAUAAUGCGUAAAGGAACGACUUGUCAACUUUUAUGCUUGUGUUGUGUUUUACCUAAUUUUGCAAUGACACAAUAUUGGAUAAAGACCAGAACUUCAAGGGAAUCGUGUUCCUUGUUAGCUUAUAUCAGAAGUUAGGAAAAGAUGACCAUAAGUUCUCCAGGAGCUCAGAAAUCAACCAGAGGAUGAAAGGAAGCUUUAGGAAGAGUAUGAAGUGUUCCAGUUUUGUUGUUUUCUGUGUAGUCUGAAUGAUGACUUCUGUAACUCAAAUCAAUACAAGUUUAAAAAAUGAUUCUGCUUCAAGCAUUUCAACACACUGAGCAUGUGUACAAAAGUGGUAAGAAUACACUUCUCAUAUACUAGACAAAAAAAUAUGAAAUUGAAUGAAAAUGUAACUGAAAUUGUAAUAUUUAUUCAUUUAAUAACAGCAAUAAGUAAAUGAUAAAAAAAAUGUAUACAACUAGAACAGAAAAAAAAAACAGUGAACUUCCUUACUAUCCUUCAGUAUAGUGUUAAUAUGUUAGUCAUGGAAAUAUUCCUAGUAGCAGAUGUGGAAAACAAAAAGAUUCAACUCUCAUUUUAUAAGGUGUCUUUUGUUCUAAUUAAAAGGCUAGUUUUUUUGUUGUUGUUAUCUUCAUUUAUAGAUUUAUUUUGGAUUGAAUUAGAUUUAUUUUGUCGUCAUUAAUGGUGAGUUCAUAUUGCUUUUAAUAUGGUUUUUAAUCUAAUUUAUAUUAUUAAUAUUUUUUUAGUUCCUUAAAUUUGUGUCAAACUAAACCCAUGCUCUUAAAAAAGAAUAUGCAUGUAUUCCAAAAACAUGCUUUUCUUGCAAACAAACACUAUGUGAUAACAAAGAAUGUAAGCUUAGUAGACAUAGUGUAAUUC